AUGAAAAACGACUACUCAUACAAGAUAAUUCUCUUUACAGGGUCUAGGAAGGAGGAGCUAAAGAUGAUGUUGCUUGGGAAAACAGGGGAUGGAAAGAGCAGCAUUGGAAACACCAUCCUCAACAAAAAAGCAUUCAUCGCCAAAACACUAGCCAACUCAGUGACCUCCUCAUGUAUGUCAAGAUCAGGGAUCACACAUGGGAGGUCUGUAACAGUGAUUGACACACCUGGAUUUUUUGACACUGAUCGUCCAGAUGAUGAGUUGAAAAGUGAAAUUAUAAAAUGUAUCACUGAGUGUGCCCCAGGAGUUCAUGCCUUUCUCAUUAUACUUACAGUUGGAAGAUACACAGAACAAGAGAAGGAGGUGGUGAAAAAAAUAACAGAAACUAUUGGGGAAGCUGCAUUCAGAUAUUCAGUGGUUCUUUUCACUCAUGGCGAUCAACUCAGUCAAGGUCAAACCAUUGAGAACUUUGUUAGGGAGAGUGAAGCUUUGCAGGAGCUUGUUGAUAAGUGUAGGGGACGCUGUCAUGUCGUUGACAAUAAGUAUUGGAAUCAGCAGAAAGAUGACUACAGAAACAACAGUGUUCAGACAAGGAAACUACUGGACACUAUAGAAAAAAUGUUAAGAGAAAAUGGUGGUAACUACUACACCAAUGCAUUGCUGCAGAAGACUGAGGAAGACAUACAAGUAGAGGAAAUGAGAAUAAGGGAAGUUGGCACAGGAAUUAUGUCUCGUGCUGAAAUCAGAGAAAUGGCCCAAAGGAGAGUGAUGUGGGUGUGGGUGUGA